AUGUUUGAUUACUAUGUCUCCCAGCCCAACAACACGCUCAUUGCUGCUGUGCGCAAUGUGGAGGAUGCUCAGAGCCUUCUAGACGUGCCCAGGCGCGCCAACACGCAGGUCCUCAUCGCCAAGAUCGAUUUGGCCCCAGCACGGAACCUUUUUAGGCCUGCAGGCAUUGCUAAGCUGAACACAAUCGAGGAUCUGCCGCUGGAGGAGUUGGAGGAGAUGCUGAGAGCCGCCCGCGCAGCUCGAUUUGCCUUUGUCAGUGCCGCGGGUGGCAGCUUGAACGAUAUGCCCAAGUACCCCUGCCCGAAUGCCGCCUAUGCAGGCUCCAAGGCUCUGGCCAACGUGCUAGUCGUUAAGAUGGGCAUGGAGAAUGACUGGCUCAUCACUUUGUGUAUCCAUCCCGGACUGGUCCAGACCAAUAUGGGAAAUGCCGGUGCUCGUCCCUUUGGGCUAGAGAAGGCAACCCUCACCCUGGAAGACAGCAGCAAGAACACUGCUCACAUCUGA